GAUGUAAAAGAAAAGGAAAUAAUCUUCAACCGUCGUUACAUAGAAACUACCAGCGAAGAAUUCAUAUAUAACCGUCAGGUUUGACUAAGGAUGAUCUACAUUCACAAUUAUGGAAGCUAUGCGCAGGCCCGUUGGUGGAGAUUCCUCGGCUUCACGAGAGAGUCUUUUACUUCCCUCAGGGUCACAUGGAACAAUUAGAAGCAUCAACUAAUGAAGGACUGGACAAUCAAGCCCCACGAUUUAAUCUUCCCUCAAAGAUCCUAUGUAGAGUUGCUCACGUGGAGUUCCUGGCAGAAAAAGAAACAGACGAGGUUUAUGCUCAGAUCACUUUGCAACCUGAAGCAUAUCAAGCUGAGCCUCAUUAUCCUGAUCCCGUCCCAAAUGAGGCUCCAAAGAGAAUAGUCCAUUCCUUCUGUAAGAUUUUAACAGCAUCAGACGCUAGCACUCAUGGAGGGUUCUCGGUUCUCCGGAAGCAUGCGACAGAGUGCCUUCCUCCUUUGGAUAUGAACCUAGCAACUCCAACUCAAGAGUUAGUUGCCAAAGAUCUUCAUGGGUAUGAGUGGCGGUUCAAGCAUAUAUUUAGAGGGCAACCACGAAGACAUUUACUCACAACAGGGUGGAGCACUUUUGUUACAUCUAAAAGAUUAGUUGCCAAAGAUGCAUUUGUCUUUCUGAGGGCUGAUAACGGAGAACUAAGAGUUGGGGUUAGACGGCUUGCUCGUCAACAAAUUGCAAUGCCUUCGUCGAUGAUAUCCAGCCAGAGCAUGCAUUUAGGAGUACUUGCUAAUGCUUUUCAUGCUGUUGAAACUCGUACACUCUUUGCAGUGUACUACAAACCAAGGACAAGCCAAUUCAUGAUAGGAGUAAAUAAGUAUUUGAAGGCCAUUAACAAUAGAUUCUCUACCGGCAUGCGUUUUAAGAUGAGAUUUGAGGGAGAAAACUCUGCUGAAAUAAGGUUGACAGGUACUAUAGUUGGGGUUGGUGAUAUUUCCCCACAUUGGUCGGAAUCUAAAUGGCGGUCCUUGAAGGUUCAGUGGGAUGAACCUGAAACAAUAAAAAGACCAGAAAGAGUUUCUCCUUGGGAAAUUGAGCCAAUUGUGGCUUCUGCUCCUGUUUCUGUGAAUAUUGUACAACAAGCCUUAAAAAACAAAAGACUGCGACCUGAUGAUACUCCAUCUUCUGCUGGUUCAGCCUUUAGGUGUCGGGGGCCAAGCCAAUCUAAUGAACUAAGGCAAGUGGGAAGCACAUUGAACAGUGAAAGCCAAGUUACAUGGACAAUGAAGCAGAAAGAAGUCGAUAAUGAUAACAACAACAAAACUGAAACAAUGCAAACUGAUCUUGUUGGUUAUGCCAAGAGCUUGAUGCACGACCAAACUGAAAAAAGAAAAUUUGAGACUUUUUACAGGCCUUCGGUUGUUUGGGUUUAAUUUGACAGAUAACACUUCUGUAGCUGGCCCCUCAGACAAAGAUCGAAUGAACACAACUGUUGAUUACAAUGGUGUAAAAGGGUCUAUGCC